AUGGGUUUUGAUAUCAUCCGUUUUGUUGGCGAAGUAGAUGAAGAGCUUCUCUGCCCCAUAUGUACUGGAGUGCUACAGGACCCAGUCCAAGCACCAGCAUGCGAACACGCAUUCUGCAAAGGUUGUAUACUUGAAUGGCUGCUAAGACAGUCUACAUGUCCAGUAGACAGACUUUCCGUCAAUGUUCUUCAGUUGCGACCGGUGCCACGAAUCCUAAAAAAUCUACUGAAUAGAUUGUAUAUUGUUUGUGAAAAUUCAAAUUAUGGAUGUCAAAGUGUUGUAAAACUAGAUACUCUAGACUCUCAUCUAUCUGAAUGUGAAUAUAAUCCUAAAAGACCAUUUCCUUGUGAACAAGGAUGCGGUUUAAUCAUACCAAAAGAUGAGCAUAAGGAUCAUAACUGUGUGAAAGAAUUACGAGAAUUAGUACAAAAACAACAACAGAAAAUAAAUGAAAUGCAUCAAGAUAUGGCUACAUACAGGUAUGAAAUGACUGGAAUCAAAGAUGAAAUGAGAAUUUUAAAGGUAAAAUGUUUAUUUCCAUUACAUUAUACAUAA